AUGCAAUAUGGUUAUAUGGAAUAUGGUUAUAUGCAGUAUGGUUAUAUGGAAUAUGGUUAUAUGCAAUAUGGUUAUAUGGAAUAUGGUUAUUUGGAAUAUGGUUACAUGGAAUAUGGUUAUAUGGAAUAUGGGUAUAUGGAAUAUGGUUAUAUGGAAUAUGGGUAUAUGGAAUAUGGUUAUAUGGAAUACGGUUAUAUGCAAUAUGGUUAUAUGGAAUAUGGGUAUAUGCAAUAUGGGUAUAUGCAAUAUGAUUAUAUGGAAUAUGGUUAUAUGGAAUAUGGGUAUAUGGAAUAUGGGUAUAUGCAAUAUGGUUAUAUGGAAUAUGGUUAUAUGGAAUAUGGUUAUAUGCAAUAUGGUUAUAUGGAAUAUGGUUAUAUGCAGUAUGGUUAUAUGGAAUAUGGUUAUAUGGAAUAUGGUUAUAUACAAUAUGGAUAUAUGGAAUAUGAUAAUAAUGCACUCACGACAUCACCCAGUAGCAUGGCACGAGCAAACCCUAGUGAUGUAUAA